GGUGGCACCUGGCUCGACCUGCUACCUGGGGAGGCGCUCUCCCUUGGGAAGCAGGGCCUAUACUCGCGCCCGACACAUGGCAGUGAGCGCCGUGGAAGGCGUGGCUGGUUGGACGGACGACGACGCGUGUAUAGGGGAUGUGAUGGAUAAACUGUUGAUUACUUUGAUUAGCGGCGCGAUGGACUCGGCGGGGUCAUUACAACACGAUAACAAAGGGGAGCUGCAACGCGGAGCAGAAGAAUUGCUGACCACCUUGGAGAAAGGAUGCAGGCGGCUACAGGAGCUUGUUGAGGCACUGUCUGUGCGGUCAAACGAAGAGCCAGGGAUCGAUGGGGGGGCGAUCUUACUGGCGGGCUGGUUGAACGACACGGCCGAAGACAUCCUGGAUGUUAUGUGGGAGCUGGAGGAGGGGCCGGAUCCCCAGCUCGACGCAUACAUCGAUUGGCGGCGGGCGGAUGGCGUGAUGAAUACCUGUAAGGCUCUUUUUGUUAAGGGUCGUGGUUUGCGCUUUCUGCUGGAAGAUCGGCUUGCAUCCGAUGAGAUAACUCUGCUCUCCACAUCAGAAGUAGCGGCGACAACAACGACGUCGAUUUCAACAUCACACGAUCAACUGGAGGAGCGGUGGAGAUGUGGCGAGAGGGAUGUGAUGGACGACAACGACGACAAGGACGACGGCGUGAAGGGAAGCUUCGAGGUCAAUAACGACAACAAUAAUAAAGACAAUAUGAACAACAACAAUAACAACGGGGAUGCUGACUGUGGGAACUGCGUGGUUGACUGCAACAACGACGUUGAUCACAAUAACAACGGGGAUGCUGACUGUGGGAACUGUGUGGUUGACUGCAACAACGACGCUGUUGACGAUGUCAUCAACAACAACAUUGACAACAACAUCAUUGACGGCUACAACAACAGCAACAGCGACAACGACAACAAGAACAACAGUGACAACGACAACAAUAACGACAGAAACAACAACAACAAUAAAGACGAUGAAGGGGGCGAUGACCAAGGAAGUAGUGGGGUUGGAGAUGGAUGGUAUCCAUGCAUCGGAGAUUAUCAUUAGCGUCACAGGGUUGAUGCUGAAAGCGGACGGGGUGGGAUAUGGGCUUGAUAAGGUGAUGUGGUUUUUGACUUCCGCCCCCCCCCCAACUUAGAAACGGAACUCGUCCAUGUGAUUCGGCAGAGGGUAGGGGUGGGAUAGCUGGAGGUGUUCGAUGUUGCCCGGCCUGCGAUAUCGAGGGAUUGUGGCGGGCUUGUUAGGAAAUUUUUUAGUGGGAAGUCGAUCCCUCCCUACGCAGGGAAGUAAUCCGUCCCUUCCCUGCGGAGGGAAGUAAUCAAUGCCCCUGCCAGUG